AGAGACGCGCCCCUUUCUGUCCGUUUUUAUAAGGCAAAGUCACGUGCCUAGAGAGGGCGUGGGCCUCACGAGGAAGACCCGCCUUUCCAGGACUGCCUUCUCAUUGGGCAGCCGCGAGGGGGACUUCCGGGGCGGUGCUUCCACGCGAUUGGAGGGGAUGCUUCCGGAGUCCGAGACUCUUCCUGCUUCCGGUGCACGGGGUGUCUGAGAGGAGGACGGCGGUGUCUUUCCCGGCCAGUCUCUGCGGCUUUUCUCCCGGGGCGCCGAGAGCACGGAGAAGAGCGGCGGGUUGGCCUUCCUCCUCCUCCUCCUCGUCGGCGUAAUAUGCGUGUUCGUGAGGCCUCGUUUAUUCGCCACUGUCGGGGCUCUCGCUGAGGCGGUGACGUCACGCGACGAGGAGGGAGCGCUCCCGCCUCAGCCUCAGAAUGUUCGUGGCUCAUUCCCACCUUCCAGCCAUGCUGCUGGCCCUCAUGACCACUGCAAUGGCAGGUGAAAAGGAGUGCGAUCUAGUUGGGGUCAAAGGGAGUGAGUCCAAGAGGGAAAUCGCCCUGCUGAAGAAGUUGGAGCCGCUUGUCAAUUUGAGUUUUACAACAAAUAGUGAAAGUGAAAACGAAAAAUACAAAUACAUCUUUCGAGUGUGUCGAGAAACUAGUAAUGGGAACAAUUCUGGCCUGGUGCAGAUCAAUGAGAAAACCCAAAAGGCCACAGUGGUGGGACGAAUCAAUGAGACCCACGUUGCUAGUGGAAGAGAAUGGAUCAUGCUCACCUAUAAAGGGGGGGAACCCUAUGGCAGCCACUGUGGGAACGAGAACAGAAAAGCCAUGGUGAUGAUCAACUGCAACCGGAAGACACUGAACGGUGGCUUCACCUUGGUGGUAGAGGAGCGUGAGAAGGAACAGGAAUGUUUCUACCUUUUCGAGCUGGACAGCAGUGUGGCUUGCCCUCCAGAGGACUCUCGUCUAAGCGUUGGUUCGAUCUUGCUGAUCACGUUUGCCUCACUGGUUGCAGUGUACGUCAUUGGGGGGUUCCUCUACCAGCGUCUGGUGGUGGGAGCAAAAGGCAUGGAGCAGUUUCCCCAUUUUGCUUUUUGGCAAGAUUUGGGCAACCUCGUGGCAGAUGGCUGUGACUUUGUCUGCCGAUCUAAACCUCGUAACGUGCCCACUGCAUACCGUGGAGUCGGGGAUGACCAACUCGGGGAGGAACCCGAAGAGCGGGAUGACCACUUACUACCCAUGUGAUUUGCCUCCCUCUCUUUCCUGCCAUUGGUGUUCACAUAAGCAGGUGUUAACCAGCCACCCCCCAGCCUCUGCCUCUCACUUUUUUAAGCUGCUUGCUUUCACUGUGGCUGCCCUGAUUUUUCUCCCUCCUUCUAUGAAUGAAUCCACUGGUGAUGCAGGAACUCCUGUUACGAAUGAAAAGCUGUGAAAUAAGGGGACUUAGCCCAGAGCUCACUGUGGCAAAAUGCUUCUCUGGACUUCACUACUCCUUGAAGCUGAGAUUUCUCCCCCCACCAGCGGAAAAAUCCUUUGAAGUCUGACUACACACAGCUGUGAAGUUCAAGUUCAUUGACAGAAAGAAGAGGUGCACAGGGAAGCCGCCCUGGUAGAGGGAAGAGCUGCUGGGAUUCUGCCCAUUUUUAUAGGUCUUGCAUAUGAAACACUGGAGUUCUAUUUUGAAUUAUUUAACUAUCCCUUUUCUGAUUUGUAUAGCACUGGCAUACGCAAAGCUUGUUUGUACUUCUCUGGUUUAACUUCAGGGAGCUCUCCCCAGCAUUUCCACGUCCUCCUGGGCAGUACAGUAGCCAAAUUACAUGAAAAAUCUUUGUUUUCCACCUUUAAACCAAAGGCUUAAGCUUCGGUAAGGUGUUGUGGCCAGUAGAUAAGGGAUGCUGCUAGCACUAUGUCUGUCUGUUUUGUGAAGAAGGCUGAAUGGAAACGGGGACACUUUUUUCGCCCAGGAGCUUAUGAGCAGUUCCUGAAGAAUCACUCCACUCCCUUUAAAAGCUUUAUUAGCAAGAUGGGUCGUUCAUCUUUAUCUGACACGCGUAGUAAAGCGAUGCUAAUCAGCCACUAUCUGGGUCAGUUGUUCAGUUUGUAGUAGGACAGGCAAUAUUAACUGAAAGCGAGAGCCCCCAGACCAUUAAAGGAAUGCAAGAGUUUCUUCUGGUUGUUUACUGAAUGUGUAGAGCUACCAGGAGAGGUGAGUUUCUGCCACGGUUUUGUCUACAACAGCCGAGAACGUUGUGCACCAACAGUCUGGUCUCAGCUGUUCCUAUUCUGUCCUCUUGCCUGACAUGUUGAUUCUGACGGGUGCCUGCAUUUGCUGAUUAGGGGUGGAGUGGGAGAGGUUGGCUCCGCUUGCUUUUGUGGGUGUCUUCCUUUCUUUGUGGCUGCAGGCCGGCUGUGGUGUCGUGCUGUUACGUUACUAGAGGGAAGUCAGGAUGCAGCUCGGUGCUGCUGGACCCAGGAUGAUGCAGGUCCUCCCAAAGUCCAAGGGUGCCUGAAUUGGCUACUAACACCAGCUUCCUUCGGUGGGGAAAUCGCGUGCUGCUUUUCCAGCUGCUCUUCUCCCAGCAGGGCAGGAAGGAGGGACCUGCCCUUUAGUGACUAAGACCAGGAGAGCAGCCACAGCAGCCUGGCCGGUCGAGGUUCUCAGCUUCAAGACGUCACUGAAGCGGCAACUUUUUAUGGAGGCAUUUAGAAGACUUUGUACAAAAACUUUAAAAUAAAAAAUGGCUUGAAGGCCCUAAA